AUGUCUCUGCUCAACCCUGUCCUGCUGCCCCCCAAGGUGAAGGCUUAUCUGAGCCAAGGGGAGCGCUUCAUCAAAUGGGACGAUGAAACUGCAAUAGCCUCCCCGGUUAUCCUCCGUGUGGAUCCCAAGGGCUACUACUUAUAUUGGACAUAUCAGAGUAAGGAGAUGGACUUUCUGGAUAUCACCAGCAUCAGGGAUACCCGCUUUGGGAAGUUUGCCAAGAUACCCAAGAGCCAGAAGCUCCGGGAUGUCUUCAACAUGGACUUCCCCGACAACAGCUUCCUGCUCAAGACACUCACUGUGGUGUCUGGCCCUGACAUGGUGGACCUCACCUUCCACAACUUCGUCUCCUACAAGGAGAAUGUGGGCAAGAACUGGGCCGAAGAUGUGCUGGCCCUGGUCAAGCACCCCCUGACAGCCAAUGCCUCCCGCAGCACCUUCUUGGACAAAAUCCUGGUAAAGCUCAAGAUGCAGCUCAACCCCGAAGGAAAGAUUCCUGUGAAAAAUUUUUUCCAGAUGUUUCCUGCUGACCGCAAGCGGGUGGAAGCUGCCCUCAGCGCCUGCCACCUCCCAAAAGGCAAGAACGAUGCCAUCAAUCCUGAGGACUUCCCAGAAUCCGUCUACAAGAGUUUCCUCAUGAGCCUCUGUCCUCGGCCAGAAAUAGACGAGAUCUUCACUUCCUACCACGCCAAGGCCAAACCCUACAUGACCAAGGAGCACCUGACUAAGUUCAUCAAUCAGAAGCAGAGGGACCCCCGUCUGAACUCUUUGCUGUUUCCACCGGCACGGCCUGACCAGGUGCGGGGCCUCAUCGACAAGUAUGAGCCCAGUGGCAUCAACGUGCAGAGGGGCCAGCUCUCCCCGGAGGGCAUGGUGUGGUUUCUCUGCGGGCCCGAGAACAGCGUGCUGGCCCAGGACAAGUUGCUGCUCCACCAGGACAUGACGCAGCCACUCAGCCAUUACUUCAUCAACUCCUCACACAACACCUACCUGACAGCCGGCCAGUUCUCUGGCCUUUCGUCGGCCGAGAUGUACCGCCAGGUCCUGCUGGCUGGCUGCCGCUGUGUGGAGCUGGACUGCUGGAAGGGCAAGCCCCCUGACGAGGAGCCCAUUAUCACCCAUGGCUUCACCAUGACCACAGACAUCUACUUCAAGGAAGCAAUUGAAGCCAUUGCAGAAAGUGCCUUUAAGACCUCCCCCUAUCCUGUCAUCCUGUCAUUUGAAAACCAUGUGGACUCACCCCGCCAACAGGCCAAGAUGGCCGAGUACUGCCGGAUGAUGUUUGGGGAUAUGCUGCUCACAGAGCCCCUGGAAAAGUUCCCAUUGAAACCAGGCAUCCCCCUGCCCAGCCCUGAGGAUCUCCGAGGCAAGAUCCUCAUCAAGAACAAAAAGAACCAGUUUCCUGGCCCAGCAGCCCCCAGCACUGAGGGCAGCUGCUCCCCCACCGCCUCUGUGGGUGAGGACACAGUGUGGGCUGGUGAGGAAGGGGCCGAGCCGGAGGAGGAGGAGGAGGCGGAAGAGGUGGAAGAGGAGGAGGAGGAGGAGUCGGGAAACCUGGACGAGGAGGAGAUCAAGAAGAUGCAGUCGGAUGAGGGCACAGCGGGCCUGGAGGUGACAGCUUAUGAGGAGAUGUCCAGCCUAGUGAAUUACAUCCAGCCCACCAAGUUCAUAUCCUUUGAGUUCUCUGCCCAGAAGAACCGAAGUUACGUCAUCUCGUCCUUCACAGAGCUCAAGGCCUAUGACCUGCUUUCCAAGGCCUCAGUGCAGUUUGUGGACUACAACAAGCGCCAGAUGAGCCGCAUUUACCCUAAGGGCACCCGCAUGGACUCCUCCAACUACAUGCCCCAGAUGUUCUGGAAUGCCGGUUGCCAGAUGGUUGCCCUCAACUUCCAGACGAUGGACCUGCCCAUGCAGCAGAACAUGGCGCUGUUCGAGUUCAACGGGCAGAGUGGCUACCUCCUCAAGCAUGAGUUCAUGCGGCGGCCUGACAAGCAGUUCAACCCCUUCUCGGUGGACCGCAUAGAUGUGGUUGUAGCCACCACCCUUUCCAUUACGGUGAUCUCUGGGCAGUUCCUGUCGGAUCGCAGUGUGCGCACGUAUGUGGAAGUGGAGCUGUUUGGCCUUCCUGGGGACCCCAAGAGGCGCUAUCGCACCAAACUGUCACCCAGCGCCAACUCCAUCAAUCCUGUCUGGAAGGAGGAGCCUUUUGUCUUUGAGAAGAUCUUGAUGCCUGAGCUGGCCUCCCUCAGGGUGGCUGUAAUGGAGGAAGGCAACAGAUUCCUUGGACACCGCAUCAUCCCCAUUAAUGCCCUGAAUUCUGGCUACCACCAUCUGUGCCUACACAGCGAGAGCAACAUGCCCCUUACCAUGCCCGCACUUUUUGUCUUCCUGGAGAUGAAGGACUAUGUACCUGACACCUGGGCAGAUCUCACCGUGGCUCUUGCCAAUCCCAUCAAGUUCUUCAGUGCCCAUGAUAAGAAGUCUUUGAAGCUCAAGGAAGCCAUGGGAGGUCUGCCUGAGAAACCCUUUCCACUUGGGAGUCCAGUUGUCGGCCCGGUCAAUGGGGCGCUGGCCCCGACGAGCAACGGGUCUGCAGCUGCCAGGUACAGGGCCAAGGAGGAGACCACGAAAAAAGCUGCGGAGCCGCGGACCGCCAGCCCGGAGGAGCUGCGGGAGCUGAAGGGCGUCGUGAAGCUGCAGCGGCGGCACGAGAAGGAGCUGCGGGACCUGGAGCGGCGCGGCGCGCGGCGCUGGGAGGAGCUGCUGCAGAGGGGCGCGGCGCAGCUGGCCGAGCUGGGGCCGCCGGGCGCGGGGGGCUGCGGGGGCCGCAGGCUCGGCCCGGGGAAGGGCUCUCGCAAGAAGAGGACCCUGCCCUGCGAGGAGGCCGCCGGGGCCGCGCCGAGCGAGGGCCGCGAGGGCCCCGAGGGCGCGGACGCGCGUGCGCGCGAGCUGAAGGACCGGCUGGAGCUGGAGCUGCUGCAGCAGGGUGAGGAGCAGUACGAGUGCAUCCUGAAGCGCAAGGAGCAGCACGUGGCUGAGCAAAUCGCCAAGAUGAUGGAGCUGGCCAGAGAGAAGCAGGCUGCGGAGCUGAAGACCCUCAAGGAGACCUUGGAGACUGACACCAAAGAGAUGAAGAAAAAGCUGGAGGCCAAGAGGCUGGAGCGGAUUCAGGCCAUGGUCAAAGUCACCUCAGACAAGAUGGCUCAGGAAAGGCUGAAGAGAGAGAUUAACAACUCUCACAUCCAGGAGGUGGUGCAGGUCAUUAAGCAGAUGACAGAGAACCUGGAGAAGCACCAGGAGAAGCUGGAAGAGAAGCAGGCGGCCUGCCUCGAACAGAUCCGGCAGAUGGAAAAGCAGUUCCAGCAGGAUGCGCUGGCGGAGUACGAGGCCAGGAUGAAGGGCCUGGAGGCUGAGGUGAAGGAGUCAGUGAAGGCCUGCCUCAGGGACUGCUUACCCUCUGAGGCCAAGGACAAGCCUGAGAGGCCCUGUGAGGACUUCGGGGAGCUGUGUGAGCAGGACCCACUCACAGCAAAGGCGGGUGUCCAGGAGAGCCACCUCUGAUGCCCUCAUCCUACUGGGACAUUCUGUAAGGACAUUCACUCUUCUCUGGGAUGAGGCUCCAUCCCCGCAGGAGGAAAGACCCUAGCAUUCUAAGGCUGUGGGAAGU